AUGGCGCGCUCAGCGCCGGUUUGGGCCGUGCGUGCGAAGCUUCUUGCGAAGCUGCAGCCAUUUGUACCUCACGGACCUUCAGCUGGCAAGGCUCCUUCUAAACUGUUGCCGGAGAUCUACCACCAUGCCCGUGGGCUUUCACCAUCAGAACUUCGCCUGGUGCUGUGCGCAUAUUCUGGGCAUUCGAACCCCAGGCAUGUGACCAACACCACUGAUAGCUCAAUAUCUCUGCAGCAGAUCCAGGAUCUCCUGGUGCAACUCCUUGUGGGAGGCUCUCGCCUGGGCACAGCAUCGCAACUCUUGGAAUCUGCAGAGGCAAUUGCAAGCUUCGCCCCGUGUCAUUGCCGCCCAGCUGUAGAGUUCUGGCCUGCCUUUGCAGAACGGGUCUCGCGGCUGGUGGCUUCCCAGAGUUUGGAUGGUCCUACCAUGGCCCGUGUGUUCGCAGCUUGUUCCCAGUGGAAACAGAAGUGUCAUGAAGACGUGAACUGGGGCCACAUGAUCAGAACAGUUGGAGGGCACCUUGCCGAGCCCCAGCAGUUGGAUGCACUUCAAUUGCCAGAGGUAGUGGCUUUGGCAAGAGAUGCUGCUCACCUUGGAGAACCUCAAGUUAGGCUUGCUGCAGCUAUUGGCCAUCGCGUCGGCGGUCCUGGUCUAUCCUCGAAGCUAAAGGAGAGAGCCAGCGACCUUUCUUCACAGGAUGUAAUCGACCUCAUUGGUGCAGUUGGCCGCUUGGGUGGUAAACUGCACAUGAUGACACGAGCUUUGGCUGACCUCUUGGAACCCAGAGCAUCAUCGCUUCCAAACAAGUCGUUGGUCCAACUUUGCUCUCACCUUGGUGGACUGAACAUGUUUCCGCAACGCCUGGUUGCUGCAAUGGACGUGGUGCUGUCUCAGCGGAUGCAAGCCCUUCAGUUCUCAUUGAUGGAGCGCUUGAAGCUUUUGCAAGCAUUUGGACGACUCCGUUGGCGUUCACCCUCUGUCCUAUCCCCUUUGCUUGAGAGUUUGCCCCAUGACUCGGAGCUUGAUGGCAUCAACGUAGCUGCUUUGGGAGGAAUCCUGUAUGAGCUGUACAGGCUGGAUGUGUGGGAUGAAGACGUGGCUGUCGCAGUCUGUUCGAGGCUGCGCACUAUGCUGCUUCCGACAGCUUCCAACACUGAGGCAUCUCAAGUGGUCCCUCUUCCAUGCAAAACCGCAGCCAAUGUAUUGCUAGCACUGAGCUAUUUUGCACUCCCGGAGAAGGAGCUUCAGCAACGACUCUUACAGGAGCUUCUCCGAUCCAAGAGGAUACCUCAGGAGGCACUUUAUCAGCUGAAGACAUUCGAGAUGGCAAUACGUCUCGGCCAUGCGGCGGUGACUCUGCAAGACCUUGGUGGCCUUGCUGCGCGAUGGCUCUUCAGCAUCAGGAGUGCUACGGGAGUACCCGAGUCCCGAGUCGAAUCUGCUUUUGCAGAUGAGGUCUCCCAGGUAGCCAGAAACAUCUCCUGGCAUCAUCAAGCGGAAGUGGAAGUUGGGCCGUAUUUGCUAGACUUCGCGGCAGUAAGCAGAAGUGAAGUUGAAGAGGAACCUCAGGGAUGGGAUGAUUCGAAACCUGGGCGAUCGCUUGCGCGAUUCUGUGUUGCUGUGGAGGCUGAUGGCCCAAGUCACUUCUACAGGCCUCAUGGAGCUCCUUGGCAUUGGACAUCCACUUCCAAGCUGCGCCACCGCUUGCUAUCAGCUAUGAGAAUCCGUGUGGCCCACGUUCCAUUCUACGAUUGGUUGCAGCUGGAAGGACUAGCUCAGAAAGAAGCCUACCUUACGGAGCUUCUACUGAAAGCUCACAGCACUGAGUUUGCGUCCCUCAGCAUUGAUAAAGAAACAGGAGGAAAGGCAGCUUCAUUCAAAGACGAAUAUUGGCAAGAUCGCAAACGUCCGAGAAAAUUGUCAGUUCUGCAAGAGCACCUUGAGCAACGACCUCUUUGUGGUUUCCCUGGCACUGGACGGUCUUGUGAAAUGGAAAGAACAGCUUGCGAGAUCAGAUGCGAUCAGCACAAGAUGGAGAUCCUCGAGUCCACAAAGUGCUCACGACGCGUUUGCGCAGAACACAUUGGUGGCCGACUGUUCUCCGAAGCCUUUCAGUGGAUUGACACCUGGCUGGAUGAACUCAAGGACCUGAUAAAGAAAGAGGCUGGUGCUCAGGUCACAGCCUCAGGUCGACCAGGUCGACCAGGCAGAGACAAAGCAAAAGAGGGUGGACGAGCAUAUGCGAUGCAUCACACCUUCAACUUGCAGGAGGGCCUUGACAUACCAGAGCCUGAGCUGUUUGAAAUCUACCAUCGACAUCGCAGACACCUUGUUGUCUGGUUCGAGAAUCGAAUGGAGAAGAAAGAGUACAAGAGCUUCAAUUCUGUCCUCCAGACGGUGCAUGAGCAAUUCUCUGCUCUUGAUGCAGCAAGCUCCAUCGACACCGCCGAGUUUGAAUGGGGUUCCAUCGGAGGGGAUGUUCACAAUGCUGGUCGCUAUUGCGUUGUUGGCCGAAAGCGCUCUGAAGCAGAACGUGGGGAGAUCACGAGUGUCACUGAGGACAAGUCAGGUGCGACUUGGGUGGAGCUCAAUGUGCAGCUACUUCAAGUCACAGUUCGAGGACGAUACGUCACACCACUUGAGGAGGAGACCUCUGGACAUUCAGAUUUCAGAGACAUUCUACGGCUACGAGGACGCGAGGCCAAGACAGUUCAGUGUGCAGCCUUGCUUUCCACCGACCUUGUGAAGGUCAGGGAGUUGCUGUCUUUCCCAUUCAGGACGCUCCAUUGGACGGAGCGACCAAGCAAUGCCCUUCCAGUGUUGACUGACGCGGACCGGAUCUAUGAUGUGGAGGACUUGGAUGCAUCGGAGGGCUUCAUUGCUGAGCUGUUUGAGCCGGUACGUCGCCAAUUCUUUGCGCAGCCUGUGGUGCCCCAGGACAUUCUGUUCUUCCUCCAAGAAGAAAUCCCAGAGGGAGCUGCUGUAGCAGUUCUGACGGGAGUUCAUCCCAGGAUUCGCGGGCGAGUGUGGAAAGAGGUCUUGGUGUUCCGUGAACUGCGAGUGGUUCACAUCUAUGGCAUCCUGAACUAUGGAGGGCAGUGCUAUCGCCGGUUGGAGUAUACUACGAACUGCAAGUACGCGCUGUCAGGCUUGCAGCCAGCUUUCCAGAAUCGGCCAUCACCAUGGCCAGAAUGGGGACGCCACCAGGCAGGCAAGCCUGAGACAGAGCCCAAAAACUUCCCAGCAAGCGUCGUGCUCUCCAGAACUCUCGUGCGCCGACCUCCGAACAAAGGAUGUGGUGAAGACGGGCGGGAGCCACUUGACGAUCCUGAUCAAUGGUCAGACGGAGAUGUCAGCGAGGAGGAGGAUGAUGAAGGUGAGCGCACUGUCUGGGAGCGAGCUCAACGUGAAGGGGAGCAGUAUCUUCCUCAGCGAGUGCUGGAGGGACUUCUUCCUGAAGCACUUUUGAAGACAUAUCGAUUUUACCAGACAAAUUCAUGGCCGCAUCGCGUGAUCCACGGCUACAAGUUGAACGAGCAGAAAGAGGAAGAAGAAGAAUCUGGGACUCCGCAACAUUUUGUGGAGGUUCGGCUUGUGAAGAGUGCAUCAGUUAUCCCAACAAGGACUCGAGGUUGGCAAGCAACUGUUGCACUGCAUUGUCCUGGCCGACCAACGUACUACUUGCUGAACUUGCUCUACGCUUCGGAGGGCACGCCCUUGCACUCGUUGGCCCGCACUCUCACCCGCUUUGAGGUGCAGCUGCAAUUCUUCUUAGGGCUGACCUUGCUGCUCUCGGCAAGCUCAAGCCCAAUCACCAAGGUUCUGGAGCUCCUGGGAGACAUGCAGGCAAAAGUAAAGAAAGAAGCCUCUGAAGCAGAAGAAACUGUAAAGGAACAAGAUCUGUUUUGCGAGCGAAGAGCUAGCGAUCUAGGCUAUUCUAUCCAGACAAACAAGAAUGCCAAAGAGGAGCUAGAAGCAAGGAUUUCAAAAGCGGAAGGGAAGAUAGAGACUGUUGGAGAAAGCGUAGAGGAAGCUCUUUCUGGAAUCCAAGCCAAUGAGGCUAAUCUGGAGUCAGCUACGAAUCUGCGCAGUAAGGAGAAGGCUCAAUUUGUAGCGGCGCAGAAGGACUUGAUGGACACCAUGGAAUCUAUGAAGAAAGCGGUCAGAGUGUUGGAGAGUGAGGCAGCAAAGGGGACUGGAGCAUCUGCAUCACUGCUGCAGGUGCAGAAGGCACCCGACGUGCUGGCUGCAAUCGAUGCUAUGGUUUCCAGCGCAAUGAUCGGUGCAGCUGAUGCAGAUGGCCUCACGGCUUUCAUGCAAAGCUCCGAAGAGGCAUCCGACAUUCAAGCGCCACCAGUCUACGAGAGCAAGAGUGGCAGCAUUGUUGAGAUGCUGGAAGACCUUCAGGACAAGGCCAACUCUGAACUGAACGAGCUUCGAGCCAAGGAGGAGUCUGCUCGUCAUGCUUUUGAGAUGUUGCAGCAGUCCCUUCAAGAUCAGAUUGAGUUCGCCAAGGACGAGGUGUCAAAGUUGAAGACUGGGCUGUCCCAGACCCAGGUGGGCAAAAAAGCAGACGAAAAAGAUCUUCAGGAGGCUGAAGACAAUCUGGUGGCUGAUAAGAAGGAGCUUGACGACUUGGUCGUCGAAUGUCGGAGGAAAAAGGACAAUUAUAUGAUGGAGAAGAAAAAUCUGGCAGAAGAGCUUGAAGCUCUUGACACUGCUAAGGCUGCCUUGGUGGAGAAGACCGGUGGCGAUGAAGCUGUCUCUUUCUUGCAGGUGAUUUCAUCCAAUGGUGCCCAUGUGGAUCAGACGGUCGUGACGACGCUCCAAGAAGCUGCAAAAAGGACGAAGUCCACAUCUUUGGCUCUCUUGUCCCGUCGGAUUCGUAGUGUCAUUCGAUCAGACUUGACAUCUGGUGCUGACGCCUUCAAAAAGAUUAAAACAAUGAUUUCAGACAUGAUUGAAAAUAUGCAGGAGGAAAUCCGUAAGGCUGCAGAUAAGAAGGCCUAUUGCGAUGCUGAACUCGCAAAGGCAAAGGCCAAACAAGAGGGAAAGCAGGACGAAUUGGAAGACUUGCAGACAAAGAUUGACGCUGCUGGGUCAAAAUCUGCAACGCUCAAGGCAGAGGCCUCUGAAUUGCAAAAAGCUUUGACAAUUCUGGCAGAAACGGAGGUCAACAUGACCCAGCUGCGAGCAAAAGAGAAAGCACAGUUUGAAAAGACAGUUCCGGAGGUGAAGGAAAGCCUUGACGGCGUCAAAAUGGCUUUGAAAGUUCUGCGUGAGUUCUAUGGGGGCAUGAAGACCAAACCGAGCGAAAAUGCAGGCACUGCAACAGGGGUCAUCGGUAUGCUGGAGGUGGUUGAAUCCGACUUUGCGAAGAAUCUCGCACAGAUGCGAGUGACUGAAGCGACAGCGGAGGGUGACUUCCAGCAAGCUAUGCAGGACAUGAAGCUGGAGAAGGCCCGCAAAGAGAAAGAUAUGCAGUACAAAAUCCAGGGAGCGCGGCGCUUGGAAGCGGAUCUUCAAGAGCUCCAGUCAGACUCCGAGAAUGCUCAGACAGAGCUGUCUGCCAUCGAGGAGUUCAACAAUGGUCUCACAGCUGAGUGCAGUGUUCCUCCAGAGAGCUUCAAGGACAAGCAGGCGAAGAGACAAGAAGAAAUCGAGGGAUUGAAAAAUGCCUUGGAAGCAUUGGAUGCACAGGGCAGCGUUAGCCUCAUGCAGUCCCAGAGGAAGUUCAGAUGGUUGAGGGGUAGCAGACAUGCUGCAGACACCCUCGACCGUGAUUGUGUGGAUCCACAGUCCUCCAAGUCCAAACCGUCCAUCGACCUCGUGGAACUCCCACGACUGGCAGUGAACUUCAAGAGCAUGCACAAAGAUGGUGAGCUCCGGCUCUAUUGCGUGGAUCAUGGGGAUCUGUUUCUGCCAAAUGGACCACCAAAUGCUCUUCGAAGUGAAGCUGCUCGAUUGCUGUCGCCUUUACCACAUGCCUUGCUGCUGCAGACGGAAAACUCAGAAUUUCACGUGCUGUGCCCCAAUGUCAGGGUGUUCAGGCCCAUUAUUGAUUCCGAUCCAUUUUCGACCGAACUUGUCUUUGCCCGAGCCGACUUCAAGUGGAACAAGAAUGCACGCAACAAGAGCUUUCUGUAUCCAGUACAUCCGACUUUGUCCUUCUUGCAGACGCCAACGCAAAACUCUGCCCUGUACUUGUUGUUGCUGCAGUGGCUACAUCGCAAUCACGGCGAAGCGGCAGCCUUGGUAAACAGCAUCGCCACUGACGAUCGCUUGGAUGCUGGAGAAGCGCAGAUCUUCGAGCAGUUGGGAAUCAUUGGCGAUGCAGAUGCGGACACCUGCGCGAUUCGGCUUCAGAUCACUCUCGCAAUGUCCAAUGCCCCGGGAUUGGAGUGGCCAUGGGAGAACUGCAAAGAGGUGCAGGGCUACCUGAAGAAGCUAUCGCACGUCUCUGCUCGCUGCCGGCUUUCUCUGGCAGAAGAAAUUCGAGUGCUUCGCAUUUGCUCUGAUGAGCGCAAACGGAGGGAAUUGGUGCGGGCAGAGGUGAAGGCCAUGAAAAGGCAGUUCUGGGGCUACUAUGGCAAAGUAAAGCUUCAGCGGUACCACAAGAUACUGACAGACGCUGUGGCAGCUUUGGAGGCAACUGCUCAAGACCAUCGAGAACUGCAAGAUUGGCUGAAGCACAUCAGAAAGAAGGUUCGAGCUGCUCAGUUGCCGGGAGGACGUGAGGAAGUCAAGGAGGUCUUGACCCAAGUCCUGGGUGGCUGGGACAAGGAGGAUCCAAUGACAUCUUUGGUGCUCGAAAACCGGGAGAAGUACAUAGCCGCGCUGCAGGACUCCACACAACGACCUUUCAUUGUCCCUUGCCCAGAGAGGCCCAAAGAGUCGAAAUGGCAAUGUCACCUGGACCAGAAUGUGUUGAUGUGCUCCUUGUUUGACCUUCUCUUUGAAGUCCUGGGUGCCGAGUUAUUGCUACGAGAAGAUGUCGGAGAAGACUCUGAAGGGCCUGAAAUUCCAUUGAUGAGACGCAUGUCCCUUCCGAUGGCCAUGGAGCAUGCAAAGAAGAUGGUCAAUGGGGAGUGCCAGAUUUCAGACACAGGCACCUAUGCUUUGCUCUACUCUGUCUUCACACGCAGCGUUGCUGUGAAACUUGGACGUGCCAAAGAAGUGAAUUAUCAGCACCAGCACUCCUUUGGAGAACUCCUGCUGCAGUUGACUCCUGGAGCCCGCAACCACGGCAUCCUCAAUUCGGUGCUGCACAUCCUUGCUUUGAACCCAGAGACUGCGGCAGCGAUGCCUCAGCUUACAAAGCCGAAGAAGGUGCGACUGGUCAAGCAAUGGAAGGCAAAAUUGAGUCAAAUCCAAAAGAGCUUGCUGGAUGCAGCGUAUGGGUUGCAGCUCCAAUGGCCUCCUCAUCCCAAGGACUUCGGAGAACUGCCGGUUCCAGUACAUUGUGAAGUUGCAAACAUCUACAUGGAACUCCCACCAAGCACAAUUGGAGGCCUGAACCCUCAGCGCCUCUUCAACUUGCGUGGUGGUUGGGCAGCUCUCGGUCGAAGGCCUGUCAAUGUGGGUCUGGGCUGCAGCUGGAGGCCUUUGCGAGCAUCAAAACUACACACGGUCAGUGCAGCUGAUUUGGAUGCUUUUGCAUCACGACCAUUGCACGCAUUGGUGGAAAAGCACAUUCGCUUCGACGAUCCAGCAGAAGAGGCUGAUGCGAACAUGCCCUUCACUCUUGAUGCACAUCCAGCCAUGCAGCAUGCAGUUGCCAAAGCAAUGAUGGGUCGGCUGGCCAAAGAGAUGCGCAACUAUGCUGCGAUGCACAAUAAACAGAAGCUUCCAAAGCUUGUCCACAUGGACAUUGACGGCAUCGUGGCGGGGAAGAAAGAGUUGCUGGAGAAGGCACUGGCGCAGCUGCGCGAUCUCUUUGCAAGCCUCCAGGCCUUGAAGGUCGAGGACGAAAGCUUCGUUAGUGCCACCAUCGAGCACCUUCUGCGUGCGGUGGAUGCUUGCAGCACGACGGAUGAGAUCAAAGACCACGCAGUGGAACGACAGCACUUCUGGCUUCUUCGAUACGCUGGCCAUGAGACAGAGAUGUGGUUCCAACUGCUUUGCCGAACCCUGCUCAGUCCUGACUGCAUCACGGACUUCAAACGAUUCAAUCCCUUCCUGACUGAGGAGGAAAUUCACGAGCUGCUCGCCGCUCUGUCACAGAUGAUGCUGGUGACCUCCCGAAGACAGCAAGUUUGCAGAGCCAUGGACCACUGCAGGAACUUGCUGAACUUGUUGGAACGUGACAACGCUUCCAGCUCCGCUCUGGCCUUGAAAGCUGGACUCACAGAGAAGAGCUCCUUGCUGUCCAGCACAAUUGCCGCAGAAAGAAUUUACAUUUCAGACAAAGACGGUGAGAGAGGCUUUGACCCGCGCUUCCUGCUCUUUGAGUUCAUUUCAGGUUUUCUCCUGCGACCAAGACAGGUGGAGAUGGUCCGCGAGUUCCUGGAUAUCAUCGAGUCCAACAACAGCGCAGUGAAGCAAAUGAUCAUGGGUCAAGGAAAGACGACGGUGGUGACACCCCUUUUGUCGUUUGUGCUUGCGGAUGCUGAGAGACUGGUGGUCAUUGUUGUGCCUCACGCACUUCUUGAAUUCUCCCGGUCGGUACUUCAGGGUACCUUUGCCUCGGUUGUCCAAAAGCAGGUGUCCACAUUCAAAUGCGAUCGUGCUGUUGACAUUGACUUCAAUUUCUCACUGACCGUGGAUGCUGUCAGACAACAGGGAGAUCUGAUUGUCACAACACCAGGUGAUGUGAAGUCCUUGCUGCUGAGAUUCUUGGAGCAGCUUGAAGUCUCCAGUGAUAGGAGAUCCAAAAAGAACACCCCACAGCUCCGCCGCGAGACUCUCGAGAUGGGCAAAGUAUUGCAGAUGCUCCGGAAUCAGAGCGUCUGCAUGCUAGAUGAGGUUGAUCUCAUUUUGCAUCCUCUCAAGUCCGAACUCAACUUUCCAACUGGACCCAAGAGUCUGAUUCACCAUGCGCCUGAGCGAUGGCGUUUGCCGCUUCAUGUCCUGGACGGCUUCUUUGCGGCAGAAGAUGCUGCACGGACUCCGGCUCAGCUGAAAGAGUCUCACGCAGCACGGCAAAUUCUGCAGACCCUCUCGGAGGUUGUGCGUCAUGGGACAGAGCGCAAACUAUUGCAGAAAAAUCCCCACUUGGUCCUACUGUCAGAAGAUUUCUUUCAUGAUGAGAUGAAGCCGAUCCUGUGCCAGUGGAUGUGUCUUUGGUUGACCAUCGAACAUGUAGGCCGGGUCUUUGAAGAAGGCUUUUCUCCCAGCGACCGUGGGUUGUCAGAAGAAGAGAUCACAGCUUACCUGAUGACUCGCACAAGUCCUGUAGACGUCAAGAUGACUGGGACCGAGAAAGAGUGGCAACAAUGGGCCUCAGAGACGAAAUGGCUGCAGGACCUGCUAGCUGCAGGAAAGGGCAGUGCAGAGGGUGACUUCAAUCCGCACUUCGUGUCAGAUGAUCAGCGCGGCAUCGCUUUGCCGUCUGAGUACAAGGCAUCCAUUGUGGAAAACGGCAACAAAGCCAAGACUUUGGUGAGAUUCCGUGAGACAGCAGCAGCGCUGCAAAAAAGACUUGAACGUGUGGAUAGGCUUCCAACCAAAGAUGUCCAGACCCUGAACCUCGGUGGUGAAUGGCUCGCAACCUUCCUGCCGCACUGCUUGCAGAAGAUCGACAGAGUCACAUUUGGCAUCAUGACCGAUGAGCAGGUGAAAGCAGCUUUGGCCGAGCAGCCCCUUAUGCCACUCACUAGGUCGAAGCUGGCGAUUCCGUUUGUGGGCAAGGACGUUCCUUCGCAGAGCUCCGAAUUUGCGCAUCCUGACAUCGUGCUUGGCCUGACCUCUUUUGCGUAUCGCUACGAAGGUCUACGUCGUUCUGACUUUGAUGAGGUAAUGUCAGCUCUGGCAGAUCGCUUGGAGAAUGAAGGAGGUGGUUCUCAGCUGGAAAGACCCACAGCUCUUCGCUGGAAGGCCUGGGUUGAAGAAGCCGGUGCUGUCUUCUGCGUAAAGCAACGUGAGAUGGAUGAGAGGCAGACCGCAGAGGAAUCUGGAGAGGAUCCCCGUGCCGACAAAAGACCUCGAGUCCUUCCGCUUCACUUGUUGGAGAAGACAAAUGCUCCACAGAUGCAACGCCUUUUUGAGCUCUUCCGCAGGCUCCCGUCGGCAAUCCAUUUCUACUUGGAAACCAUCAUUUUCCCAAAUUUCAUGCGAUUUCAAGAACAGAAGUUCUCUGCUUCUGGUCAAGAAAUGGGUGGUUCCAUCCUGUUCAAGCAGAGGCUGGGCUUUUCUGGCACACCAUCUGAGCUCAUGCCACGAGAGCUCGGGCAGUGUGAGUAUGAGCCUGGCAGUGAGGGCGAGGUGGUCAGCACCCUCACUUCGCCCUCCAUCGUGUCUUUCAAAACUCUGAGCUCCGACUGGACAGUGGAGGCUUUGUUGGAUGCAGUUGCUGAAGCAGCGUGUCGUGGAGAGUGCCAAGCUUUGAUCGACACAGGCGCACUGGUGACCGGCUUGACAAACAAGGAAGUUGCGGAGCACCUUCUUGGCCUAAAGAAGCGCACGGACGGGACAAUGCCCGUGACGUUGCCAGAGUGGAUCGAGGGCGUGGUAUUUAUCGAGGAGGAUGGAGCCAAGCGCAUCUUGAAUCGCCAGUCUCGGGAGGUUGGCAAGCUUGCUGACAGCGGUGUUCCUAUAUCAGCAAGGUUCUGCUUUUACGAUCAGAUUCACACCACAGGCAUGGACAUCCAACAUCGCCUGGAUGCAGUCGCAGCCCUCACUCUUGGCAAAGACAUGGUAUGGCGCGAUUUUGCUCAGGGUGCAUACAGGAUGCGAGGAAUUGGUCGCGGACAGAGCAUUUGCCUGUACAUCAUCCCAGAGAUCGAAGAGCUCAUUUCCCGCGAUAUGGGACUUGCAAGUCUACCGCAGCUGCCCAAAUUCUCAAGCCUGGGCAGCCGGCACAAGGGUGUUUUGGAUGCAGUGGCUUGUUGGUUGCUGUGCCAGUCCAUGCGGACUGAAAAGGUGCAAUAUGCCAUGCUCCAGCUGCAAAAUCUUGCAAACAUUUGGAGAAGGAGCUCUCUGACGGUGGUCAUGGAAGAUUACGAGGCCAUGGCAGGAAUGAAGCCAGACACGCUUGCGAGAGUCCAGGUGUACAAGGAACCCAUUGAUUUCAAGGUCCCUUCAAAAGUUCCGCACAUGGACUCCAUCGGUGCUGCCGCAGAGCGAAGGAUUGCUGAUGCGCAACGCUUUGUCCAAGAUGCUGACAGGCCAGAACUGGAAGAGAUCCGAGGAAAUAUGCUCAGACUAGCAGAGGCUGGUGGAGAAACACACGAAACUGAGGGAGAGCGAGGACUUGAGACUGAGCAACAGCGGGAACAGGAGCAAGAGCGGCAGCAGGAGGUGGAGGAAGAAAAUCAAAGAGAGCAGGAGAUCCAAAUUGAGAAGUUUGUUGACUUGAUGCAUUGUCGCGAUCACGAGGAGCCUGUUCCAUGGGACGUAGACACCCUAGCUGUGGAGGAGGAGAAGAACCUGCCAAAACAAUUCUAUGAGGCAAGGGAUUUUUGCCUCUGGAAAAGGCAACCGCUGAAAUCACUUCCGGAAGAGUGUUUGCUCUCCAGAAACUGGUUUGACCCCCAAUGGAGUGGGUUUCGCAGAGUGAAGAAUGUCUACAUGCAGCUCGAAUGGGUUUCAGACAAGUCGCGACUUCGCCGGACUACGAAAGAGCUACAACUGACUCGUGUGGAGGAACACGAGAUGCAUAGAAAACUGCAUUUGAUCUGGGACUUGUUGAACCGGAAGGGAGCCGGAGAUUUUGAAAUCGCACCGAAGUGGAGGUAUAGAGGUGGACAUGCAGAAGACGCCCAAGGUUCUCCUGUGUCGCCAAGCUCGGCGCCCGUCGACUUUGAGCCGCCUGAGGGAGAGAUUGCUCAUAUGGAGAUCCUCAGGCUCUUGCAGGCAUCCUUUGACUGGGAUACUGCAUUCCACUCGGUCUCUUCAGCGAUGGCGGUGUUGAAAAGUGAAGGAGAUGGAGAGGCUUCAGCUGUCGCAAGAGCUGCAGAAGAUGAGAUAGGUCUCGGGUAUGUGGAUGCUAGCCGCCUGCUUCGUGCAGCCUACUUCCGACCUCGGGAUGAGGGACGCGGCUUCAUCAUUCUCUCACUCGCAGAGGCAGAAACACUGCGGCGAAUCAUGCAUUGCAGAGUUGGAAAACCCCUGCUUGCGCAGCAUCCAGAGACAAGUGUGGCAUUGCGCUGUGUCAUGUCCAACCACAUGAUGUUUGAUGAGUCUCUGGGUUUCGCAGCGGGACCAAAAUUUCAAACUUCCACAAUGCAACAAGUCGCGCGUUUUCUGGACUGCCAAACUUUCUACCGCGAACCUGAGCUAUCGGUGCUCCUUCGUGCACUGCAACAUGACCAGCCAUUUGGGCGGCGACGCUUCCUGGAGAGCUUGGGCAGCUGCAGGCGACGAGCCUUGGCCAACUGGCAGGAGCAACCCAUUUCAGCAGUCUUGCAGAGAAACUGGCUGGAGUUUGACCAAACUCUUUCUCGUUUGCGAGCUGUUCGCCUAAGAGACGCCAUUGAGGGGCAAGGCUUGUCUGUCGAGGCAGCCUUUCAGAAGUAUGACGUGGACAAUUCUGGGCUAUUAGAGCCAAUGGAGUUUUGCCGCGCUUUGCAUGAUCUGGGAUUUGCCUUCACAGCAGAAGAAGUGGCAAAUUGGGUUGAAGCCAUUGACGAGAAUGGCGACUACUGCGUGGACAACCAAGAGUUCUUGGCCUUUGUGAAAACCCAAGUGAAUAACUUGCUGACCAGUGGAAUCUCAGGCCACAGCUCCCUACCAGAGUCCAUUGGACCUGCCAAAAAACCGCGUCAACCACAACCGGUGCAAGACAUUUCCAGCCAAAAGAAGCUGCUGAAGAGACAAACUAGUGAUGUCGUCACCGCUGCAGAGGUGGAGCAGGAAGUGCACUUGCGAAAAGCCCAGCAAAGAAAGGCAGAAGCCGAUGAAGAGCGCCUUAAGGCUGAGGAAGAGGAAGGGAUAGAGGUUCUCAUUGAGGAAGAGCUUGGCCAAAACCCUGAAAGUGGUGAAGGAUGGACAGAAUACAACUUUCAGGCCGCUCGUUUGCCCAAAGAGACCUACGCACUUGGCAUCGUUGAGCUGGUACCAGAACUGUACGGCUCCGCUGGGAAGAGCUUCUGCCUGCUUGAACCUGGAGCAGGUCUGGUGGUGAAAGAGCUGCAAUUGCGCGGCACUGCUGGAGGGCGGUUGAACUGCUUCUCCUUGACUUUGUGGUUCAGAGUGCCCAACUUGCCUUUGAAAGCUGACCGCUUGAUCUUUCUGGACUUCCCCAGGCAGAGCAACGACCCCCAGCAGUUCGACACACCAGAAGAGGAGCAGAACACUGGCAAAAUCUUCAUCUGGAAGAAUGGCAUAGUUGCCCCGGAAGGAUGCCAUGAGCCGCGGAUCCUGUCCAAGAAAAAGCGCCGAAAUCAGGCUUCUCGGGGUACCCCGGCAGCACUGGCCACUGGAGAGUGGCAACUUCGCUUUGUGAUACAGGCUCAUGGAAAAGUUCCAGCUGGCCUUCCGCGGCAAGUUUCUGCUGAUGCUGAAGCACCUCCAGAUUCAGAUGGCCAAGUAGGUGACAGUCCAGCAAACGCAAUAGGUGACAGUCCGGCAACGGCACAGGGUGCAGCUGCCAAUGCUGCUCGUGCUCUUUCUGCGGAAUCAUCCCAAGGAAAGGUGAACUACACUGUUCAAAUCACCUGUGACGCGAACAGUGGGGCUCUACGGGUUCGCCCUGCACGAGGGAAUCGCCUGGCUAAUGGAGGAUCAGGGGAAGAGAUUUUCACAGUGAUUGCACGUCUCACGGAAGAACGUCGUCGCUUGAUCAAGGAUGAACUGUUCGGAAGAGAAGGUGAUACCGACUUCAUCUCGAAAAGACUGUGGAAAAAGUACAUCAAGUCCUUGGUCAGUGGCCUGGGCAGGUCAUUUGAAUCCUUGGGAUUUCCUGGUGGCAAGCGUCAGUUCAAGGCCACAAUGACCCGCAAACUCCGGGAAACUGGAGAUGAAGCGAUAGUUGCAGUCAGGCAGACAGAAGAUGCUGCAGCUGCGAUAGCUGAUCAGCUUCGAGCCACUGGUGCAUUGGCACAAGAACCCGAAGCAAUGGAAGACAGGACAUUCUCCGGUGUGCCGAAGCUCUUCGACUUUGUGACGCUCAGCCCCGAUGCGCAGGACUCCUGGGGGCCGCUGCGAAACGGAGCGACUGGCGAAAUUGGCACGAUCGACAACUAUGGCGAAGCCUUGGUGUACAUCCCAAGUCGAAACGAGGUUCAGAACGUUCACUGGUAUAGUUUUCGAGAUAUUAUUUUGGCAACGAAGGGUGGCAAAGAGGUGGCUACAAUGACGACGGAGGAAUGGCAGCAAAUGCCCUCUGUCCGUGCAAACUACGUUGCCCUGGAGCCGCCUGGGCCACCUCCGAGUCCGAUUCGGCCAGGGAAUCAGUGGGCUGCUCGAGGUCGCCUCGAUGCUCGCAACUUGCAGCUGGAUUUGGAGGGUGAAGGCGGGCGGUCUGUUGCCUAUGCAGAUGCGAGCCUCGUGAUUGAGGAGGGCCAGGUGCCAGAACUCCAAGGCACGUGGCGAGCGGAAGAUGGAUCCCAUGGCACAUUCGAAGGACUGAAGGUCUGUCGCGACUCACGCAUGGGUGGAGUAUGGCGAUUUGAGAUCCAGGCUGGAGGAGACCCAAUUGAGCAUGCAUGGAAUGCCUGGCUCACUGCUCAUCCAGCUGACUGCGAGGGUGAUGCUCGAGCAUCUCAUUUGUUGAGAAUCACCGGAGCUGCAUUGGCUGGCCCUUUCAUGAGCGAGAAAGAAACUGUAGAGUGCCAUCCAACAAUCAUGGGAGAGUUCAAUUCGCUGACGAGGUCUCUUCAUGUCGAAAUGUCCACCGAAGGUGAGAAAUGGGACGGCAUGAUCUUCGAUGCGGAACUAGGAACUGAUGGUGCACUUCGUGGGACCUGGCAGAAAGGAGAACAGUCCGGACGUUGGAUUGCACGACACAUCGGGAAGAAGAACACUCAAAGCUGCUUCAAGCCUCAAGUUGAUGAAGGUGGCAAGUGGGACGCGAAGGCAUGUGUCGUCAAGACAAACCUCCAGAUGAUUUCCACCAGACCACAACCUGGGGACAAAGUCAAGCUUUCCAAGGCUUACAAGCAAUUUGAUGGCGAAGAUGGAUGCUUGAAGCCAGGUCAGAUUGGUACACUUGUGGAAGACGACCGCACCUCAUGUCCUUUCCUUGUUGAAGGGCCCAAUGGAAUGUCCCACUGGUACAACGAUGGAGCUCUUGUGGUGGUGAACAAAGAAGACAAAGAGCUCUUGACUCCACUUGGAGACAUGUUUGAAGGUGUUGCUUUGCUUCGUUUCCCAGUUCGUGAAGGGCUUUGGUAUGCAGAGUUGGAGGUGAGCAAACUUGGCAAGUCUCAGCCUUGCGUUGGAUGGGGGUUGCAGAAGAAAGGUUCUCCGAAAAUCAUUCGUAUAAUGGCCAUCGGUGGUAAAAGCGCUGUUAAGCUGGACAUGGGCGAAGGAGCCCCUCCCAGGAAAAAGGACAAAGAGUCCAAAGAUGGCGAGGGGAAAGGAAAUGGCGAUGAAAAUGCCGAGGAGGGAAAAGAUACUGAGGAAGCUGAGGAAGCCCCAAAAAAGGAAAGUGCCCCAGGUGAAGAAGGCGAGAAGGACGAAGGCGAGGGCGCUCAGGACCCAGCUGAUGAAGAAGGUGCCAGCAAUUUGGAGGAAGGAGAAGGAGGCAAACCACCUGAUGGUGAAGCAGAAGAAGCAAAAGAAGGUGGUGAGGAACGUGAAAAGGAAGAGGAAGGAGAAGCAGGAGGCAAGGAAGAAGAAGGAGAAGCAAAAGAAGAAGGAGAAGCAAAAGAAGAGGGAGAAGGAGAAGAGGGAGAAGGUGAAGGUGAAGAAAAAGGUGAAAAGAAAGAAGGUGAAGAUGGCGAGGACGAGGAAGAAUUCAGCGAAGAAGGGCAUUGGAAGUAUGGGGAGUCUUUUGGCGCUGCCUGGAAGGAAGGUGAUGUCAUUGGGAUUUUAUUUUCUGCCAAGGAUGGAGCCUGCAAAAUGUCUUUCUCCUUAAAUGGCUCAUUUGCUGCCCCGAUGGGAGAGGCCUUCUCCAUGGAUAUUGACGAGGACUCAGCAUUCUCGCUGGUUCUUGCUUCCGGUGAUGAAGGGGAAAUUCAAGUGAACUUUGGCCAACGUCUCUUCCAGACCACUCCCAAACUGGAAGAGGAUGGUGUGGUGCGUGGACUUGGAGAGGCAAUGAAGAUGCGGCCAGCUUGGAAAGUCCAGCUUCCUAAAGGGGUCAAGGCCUGGCCAGUCUUCGAAGAGCCAUCGAGAACUUCAAAGGGUCGCAAGCCAUUGGAGGACAAAGUUGAAGUUGACCAAUUACACUCUGCCUCUGACAACUGGGUACAGCUGAUGGAAGGCUGGGUGCAAACAAGAAUGCUGGUUGCUGGAACAGAGUAUGAAGGUCUCAAGUUGCGACCGCCUUGGAGUCCAGUAGAUCCGCCGCGAAAGAAAAAGGAAGCAAGAAAAAAGCGUCAACAGACCGUCUAUGCCACCUUUGACGCUGAGUUUUGUGAGACCCGCAACUGGCAGUUCACAGGCCCAAGCUCCAGCUGGAGUAAUGAUCUUGCAGUCGCUCAAGGGGGGCUUGCGGCUGAGUCUCGAGAACUGCACGGCAUUUUGUCCCGGUGGUCUCGACACGACGUGAUUAUCGCGCUGUGUGGCCUCAAAUCCGAAAGUGUCAGCGGAGGUGACGGCGGAGGGGAGCAGAAGCCUACAUGGCCUAUGUACAUGAAGUUUGUCGAGAUCAUUUGCGAUGUGGAUCGCAAAAAGGCUUCUUUCCAUGUCGGGAGCAAAAAGGACAACUUGCAAGAGGUGAAGACUCUUGAGCUACCUUAUGAUGAGGAAGUAAGGCUUGCGGUGACAGGAUGGAGUGGAACGCGAGUUCGCCUGGAGCCUCCGCAGAAGUGGAUGGGAGGUGACGACUCCGAUUCUGACUCUGACUCCAACGGAGAGGAGGACGAUCGAUUCUCCAAUACUUGUGGAAACGUGGUGCAACCCUCUACCUGGCACGUUGCGACUAUUUGUGUCGACCUGGAGAAGCGACAGGAAAUGCAGAUCAUUUUGGAUGGUGAACAGCAUUUGGUGGCCAGAGAUCCAAACCUUUUUGCUCCUGAAGGCCUCUUCAGCAUCGAUCCAGUGGAGGGCCUUGUCCUUUUCGGACGCCGCCGGGCUGGAAAGAUUGCUGAGCGAGAGUGGAGGCUAGGUGGUCACCUCAGGCAGAUGCGGAUGGAAUCGAAGUUCCUGUCGAUUUCAGAGGCUUGGGGCCAACAGCUUCCAAAGGGUGUAUGGGGUUGCCGUACAUGUGGCUCCAGAAGUGCUGCAGACGUUCGAAUCUGUUGGAGCUGCCACACUGCACGGCAAAAGAGUGCAUCCAGGCCUCCGAACGAUGCAGACCCACGACACGAUGGUCUGACAGUGUUGGUGGCUGAUUCCUUCAAAGACCUUGUCCUGGAAAGCAAGGUGCACGUGUUCGUGCUACUUUAUGCACCCUGGUGUGAAGCAUGUCAGGAGGUGAAACCUCACUGGAGGAAGCUGGCCAAGAUGCUGAAGGGGUCAAGCAACAUCCACAUCGCCAUGAUGGACUCAGACGAAAACGAUGCGCCAAGCCGCUUCUUCCCAGAAUCCUUCAUUCCAAAUGUCAAGCUCUUCCUGGCAGGCAAAAAGGGCAAGCCGCUUGCCUGCAACUCGCGGGAAAGAACCUUUGAGUCCUACGUGAAGUUUUUGGAAGAACACACCAAUGUCAGCCUUGAAUCAGCCGCUGAAGUCUCUUGGCAAAAGUGCUUUUAG